UGCAGAAACUAGAAGCAGUUUAUUUACAGCCCUUCCAGAAAAAGGCGCCUUUUUUAGUGAGAGCUAUCUAGCUGUGAUUGUGCUGAAUACCGUCUGUCAUAGAUGCUCGCAAAUUUAAUGCAUACUUGUGCACAGGCAGUGCUGCAUCAGUAAGGGGUAACCAAUAAAGAGAACUCCGAAAAAUAAAACAAAAAACACCAAAAACUGCGCUGGGGACAGUGUAGGUGGAGAAAAAAAGGAGGUUUACCUAGGGAAUAAAACAAACACAGAGAAAAGAAUAUUUACUUAACGUUGCUGUUGAGCAGCCCCAAUGGCAUCAGUCCUUGGAAACAACACCCAUGCUCCGGGAACUCCAAACAGCCAACUGAAAUGCAAGUUCAAGAGAAGGAGGAGAAGGAGGUCUAAGAGAAAAGAGAAAGUAAGCAUGCUUUCUGCUUUCAUUGGUCCUUUCAAGUAUUUGAGUCCAGGGACUACGAGCACUGAGGAGGAAGAUCAUUUAAGUACCAGCAGUGCAGAAGUGAAGGAGAAUCGGAAUGUAGGCAAUCUGGAGGAAUGUUCCAUUGUUACCGGGGACCGGCAGCCAUUUUGUUGCACAGAUAUAUCCAGGGGCGGGACUUCAGGUCUAAAAAGGAAAAGGCCUCUUGAAGGAAACAACGGACACCUCUGCAAACUGCAGCUGAUCUGUAAGAAACUCUCCUGGUCAGUCAUACCAAAGAAUGCCCUGGUUCAACUCAAUGAGCUAAAACCGGGCUUACAGUACAAAAUGGUCUCCCAGACUGGACCUGUACACGCCCCUGUUUUUUCCAUCUCCGUGGAGGUAAACGGACUCACCUUUGAAGGCAUGGGGCCUACAAAAAAGAAGGCAAAAAUGAAGGCCGCUGAGCUGGCCCUCAAGUCUUUUGUACAGUUUCCCAACGCUUCUCAGGCCCACUUUGCAAUGGGAAACCUCAGCAACCCCUCAACAGACUUUACAUCUGACCACGCCGACUUCCCAGACACUCUGUUCAAAGAGUUUGAGUCGUCUGCACACAGCAACAAUUACCCGUGCUACAGGCCCACAGAAAAUGAAUUGAUCUCCAGUGCUUAUCGACAUGGGAGAUUACUCCGCCACACGUUGGACUUAAUGGUCCAAGCCAAACAAAACAAGCACAAGAUGGCAGCCCCAGCAGAGUGCGAUAAGAACCCAGUGGUGCUGCUAAAUGAGCUGCGACCAGGGCUGAGGUACAUUUGCCUCUCGGAGGCUGUGGAGAGGCAACACAUCAAGAGUUUUGUAAUGGCAGUGAGGGUUGAUGGGGGAACAUUUGAAGGCUCUGGACGCAGUAAAAAGCUGGCAAAGGCCCAGGCAGCACAAACGGCUCUACAAGCCCUCUUUAACAUCAGGUUGGCACCUGAGGGGAAAACCAGCCAUACGCCCAGCAGGAAUAGAUGCCCUCAUUUACCACAGGAAUUUGCAGAUUCAGUGUUCCAGUUGGUGACUGAGAAAUUCCGCGAGUUGACAGAGAGCUGUACAUCCUUGCAUGCACGUCACAAAGUCUUGGCAGGAAUCGUAAUGACCAGAGGCUUGGACAUCAGGCAAGCACAAGUGAUUGCUUUAUCGACUGGUACCAAAUGUAUCAACGGUGAAUAUAUCAGUGACCAGGGGCUUGUUGUCAAUGACUGCCAUGCUGAAAUUGUUGUACGGAGAGCAUUCAUUCGAUUCCUUUACUCUCAACUGGAGUUCCUUUUCAGCAAACAGCGAGAGGACAGGGAGCAAUCAAUCUUCAUCCGGCACAAGGAGGCAGGCUACAGACUGAGAGAGAACAUCCUGUUCCACAUGUACAUCAGCACCUCACCCUGUGGAGAUGCACGCCUCAACUCUCCCUAUGAAAUUACAUCCCACUUGCACAGCAACAAGCACAUUGUGAAGAAAUUCCACGGCCAUCUACGGACGAAGAUUGAAUCUGGUGAGGGGACCAUUCCUGUUCGAGCUCGCGGUGCAGUGCAGACCUGGGACGGGGUGAUGCAGGGGGAGCAGCUCAUCACCAUGUCCUGUACGGAUAAGAUUGCCAGAUGGAAUGUUCUUGGUAUCCAGGGAUCGCUCCUCAGCUACUUUAUCGAGCCUAUCUACCUGCACAGCUUCAUUGUGGGGAGCCUUCAUCACACCGGUCACUUCUCAAGGACAGUGAGCCAUCGGGUACAGCACAUUGGUCAGCUGCCAGCGUCAUACAAGCAGAAUCAGCCUCUUCUGAGUGGGUUAAGCAGCACUGAGAGCCGGCAGUCAGGAAAGUCCCCCUGCUUCAGUGUGAACUGGACUGCGGGAGACACGGGACUGGAGGUCAUCAACACCACGACUGGCAAGAAGAAGGACUCGGGGAGCUCAUCCCGCCUCUGCAAGCUCACUCUCUUCACUCGCUGGGCAAAGCUUUGUGACAAGCUGAGCAUGCAAGUGCCGCGCCAUGGGGAAACGCCAGUGAUGUACUGCGAGGCCAAGCUGGCUGCUGGAACAUACCAAACUGUGAAGGAGCAGUUGUUUAAAUCGCUGCAGGAAGCCGGACUGGGCACCUGGAUAAAGAAGCCACCAGAGCAGGAUCACUUUCUACUGCCUGUAUAAACAACAUGUCAGCACCCCACUAGAAAGCUUACUGGAGUGCUCUGUUAAACUCAGGCUCUCCGGCCAACUCUCCCCUCCAUAGGAUGGGCAGGCCUCACAAAGAAGACACAGGGAAAAAAUAAAACAUGGUAACACUUUACAUUAACCCAUUAAGCACCACUGUCCUCAUUUGAGGACAGACUACUUUGUAAUUUUUUAAGCAUUUUUAACUGGCAUUUACCUAUUGUUUUAAUUUUCUGUUCUUGUUAUUUAAUUAUAUUGUUAUGUAACUUACUCUAAUUGUGUUAACUGCAAAAGUUAAGUCCAAAUGUAAUUUAUCAAACUACAUAAAUACAGCUGUGUUCUAAUUGUUUUUAAUAAAAAGGAUUUGGUACUUAAUGGGUUAAGUGACUCUAAUUACUGUAUAUUACAAUGUUAUUAUGCAUAGUUACAGUGUACUUAAUGUGUACAUCUUUGUGCAUCAUAUAACCCUGACCCUAACCCUAACCCUAUAUCUUUUCUUUCCCAUUUGGAAUGUCCAAUUAUGUUUUUUCUCCUCACCGCAUCAAGUCCCCACACAGCACAGAUGUUCUGAGGGUGUGUGAGCGUCCUCCGAUCUCACAAGCCUAAAGUCAGAAUCGCUUUUACGCAGAGCAAUCCACAGCAGAGGUGGGCAGGCUACCGAUUCCUGAGCAAAGAUCAGCCCUGCUUUUUAUCCACUCUGAAUGUGCUCGUUGUCUGGCCAGUAGGGUUCACUGUUGCGCGAUGAGGAGAAGCAAUCCCUGCUCUUUUCCCAUCCCCCACUCGGGAGUGUCAGAGCCAAUGUGACAGCCCCUUCGAAGUCCCCAGCAAAGCGCUUUUAACUGGAUGAGCCACUCAGGGACCCCCUAACCCUAUAUCUAACCCUAACCCUGACCCUAACCCUAACCCUGCUAACCCUAACCCUUUUCUGAUUUGUAUGUACAAUUGCGUACUUACACAUACUGUGCAAAAAGAUUUACACAUGAAGUACAUUAUAAAUAUGCAUGAUCAGAUUGUAAUGAUGUGCAAGUCCACAUGGAUUUACUAAGUAACUACUCGGUACAUACACAGAGACCCUUAAUGUAAAGUGUUACCAAAACAACACACCACAAGCACAGGUUACUGAUAAGCCAUUCCCAUUGCCUCACACAUAUUGUGCGCCGUGCACAAACCACCCACAUGUUCACACUUACAAACCCUACUCCAGGACGCUUUUACAGAAGUGCCCUAAUCAGACCAACAUUUUAAGAUAACAGCUGCAAUUGCAUUAUUAAGCUGUGAAUAAAUUUCAGCUCUCCAACCCAAUUCAGCAUUUUAUCUGCACAAAGUAAGAAAUAAAUAGUAAUCAUUCCUCCUUUUACCUUAAUUGCAGCCAGAAUGGUGUUGCGACACUGAUUUGCUUUUAAGAGUAUCUUUAAAUAACUAAAAGCCAUGCCUUUCAUUUUACAGCUACAGUAUUUCACCUUGUUUAGCCUGUAUCUUUUUUGGAGGUCAGAGAACUGAAGGCAAUCUUCCUUAAUUUAAAGUCCUCAUUCAAAAGAUAGGGUCUGAAGGUCUCCUAUUGAAGAUUUUUCACACUACUGGAAAUUUUGGAACAUUACUAUUAUGAAGUCACUGUGGAAAAGACAAGUUCAGCACUUUACAAGGAACAGGCACACCAUGGAUGAACUAAAGUUUGUGAUUUUUUAAACAAUAAAAUUAGAUAAUGUACAGUAGAAGAAUAAAAGAAAAUAAAUGGAUAAAUACACUAGAUACCAUGGUGCCUGAAGGUUUAAAUAGAAAGAAACAGUAGAUAAUUACAUCAUUAGCUUUAUAGUGAAUGGCAUCACAAAGACAUUAGAUUUAAAGAGAAAUAAAUGUGUGGUUACCAUGGCAUCAAAGUCUAUAAAUACCUCCAAUGUUUGUUUUCAAACACACUUUCUUUUGAAGAUACUGACCAGGCCCAACCCUGACCUGAAGUGACUGACUGAGUUAUAAAUGCAAUCUAGCUAAACACAAUAAAUGUAACAUCUUGCCACUAGUUGUAUAGCCCUUGUUACUCCCAAGACAGCUUAGUACACAUUUACAGUAGUUCAUUUUAUUUUUUGCAUGUUCUUUUGUAAAGAAUGUACAAUUCAACUUGCUUUGUAUAUAUUUUGGUGCGUGUUUAUUUCAUUACAAAUAAUACAAACCCAUGGGUUUAUUGGGAGCACAGCCACCUCACCAUGAAACAAAAAACAGGGUAAUACGAGUCUGAAAAACCUGACCUGCUUGUCUUUUGUCUGGAUAUUUUUUAAACCAUAGCAACACAUUUUAAAUAUGACUCUUAAAUUGAACAUCGCCGACACCUAGUGGUCAGCCAGAUGUAAUCCCAGGAGAUUACCUUUCCCUGUCUCUCAGCAUUCGUUUACCCUUUACAGUGAUCUUGAAGGUUGAAGCACUGAUAAAAGUGAAUACAACAGAUUCCCUUGUAGAGUAUGUUCCUGCUAGGUAGCUAAACAGUUGUCUUAAUUGCUGUUUGUUUCUAAAAAUCCCCCAAACAAGACACUGUUAAUUCCAGGGAUCAGUACAGUAGUACACAAAUGCAAAUAUAGUCAUGUUCAUUUGGACCACACAAAGAUCUAAAUUGGCAGGUGGUGCACAGCUCAAAUAUUUUGACCUAAAGAGUUAACAGCGUUACUUUUUGUACAUCCCAGGUUAACACAUUUUAAAGCAUACCUUUUAAACAACCAGGGUGGCCUAUACUGUUACGCUUAAGCUGUUUUUUUUUUUUAUAAAUGUGGAACACAGUCUGGAAAGUUCUGAAUUACUCACCUGGCAUGAAAUAGUUACAAUUUAAAAAUGAAACCCCUUCAGUAUUCUUUUAUAAAGGGUUGUAUAGCAGGGCUCGGUACACAAGGAGACUGCUUCUUGGAAUUCAUUUAGAACAAUGUAAAUUAGCUGUGAAUGAAGAAUUAGGUUUUGCAGGUAUAUCAUAGACUUGUCUGAACAGUUUCUAUCAGUAUAGAAUCUAGUUCAGGGUAAGAAAACAUACUUUUUAGUUUCCAUGUAUUAUUUCUGCUGUUGUACAGGUUUUUGGUUUUCCUUUUUCAUAUAGAUUUAUUGUAGUUCUUGAUAUAUGAUAUGAUACACUAUAGAGAUAAUGGUUAGUUUAACCCUCUGCAUAAAUGUAUCGUAAAUCUUAAGUGCUAUAUAUAUAUAUAUAUAUAUAUUUUCUAGUUAUGUUAGGAUUAUUUUUUUUUUGUAAGAUUCAUGAAUUUCUCGUUUAUCUUGUGUUUUUUAUGUCAUUUUACAUUUUAAUUGUUCACAUUUCAAUAAUGAGAAAACUGAAUAAUGAGAGAAAUGCAUAUGAGGCAUGAUUGAAUGGCAAUAUUGUAAUAAUGGAUGUACAUUUGUAAUAUUUGUAAAAAAAAAAAAAUUGUGAAUUGAAAUAUAUAAAUUUGCUGCUAAGGUCUGUAAAUUGCACUUCAGUGAUACCUUAUAAGUGAAUGUUUCUGUUUAAGUGAAUAA